AUGUCAAUAUUAAGUCGUGCUGCUGCUGCCACUGAUGAUGAUGAUGAUGAUGAUGAUGAUGAUGAUGAUGAUGAUGAUGAUGAUGAUGAUGAUGAUGAUGAUGAUGAUGAUGAUGAUGAUGAUGAUGAUGAUGAUGAUGAUGAUGAUGAUGAUGAUGAUGAUGAUGAUGAUGAUGAUGAUGAUGAUGAUGAUGAUGAUGAUGAUGAUGAUGAUGAUGAUGAUGAUGAUGAUGAUGAUGAUGAUGAUGAUGAUGAUGAUGAUGAUGAUGAUGAUGAUGAUGAUGAUGAUGAUGAUGAUGAUGAUGAUGAUGAUGAUGAUGAUGAUGAUGAUGAUGAUGAUGAUGAUGAUGAUGAUGAUGAUGAUGAUGAUGAUGAUGAUGAUGAUGAUGAUGAUGAUGAUGAUGAUGAUGAUGAUGAUGAUGAUGAUGAUGAUGAUGAUGAUGAUGAUGAUGAUGAUGAUGAUGAUGAUGAUGAUGAUGAUGAUGAUGAUGAUGAUGAUGAUGAUGAUGAUGAUGAUGAUGAUGAUGAUGAUGAUGAUGAUGAUGAUGAUGAUGAUGAUGAUGAUGAUGAUGAUGAUGAUGAUGAUGAUGAUGAUGAUGAUGAUGAUGAUGAUGAUGAUGAUGAUGAUGAUGAUGAUGAUGAUGAUGAUGAUGAUGAUGAUGAUGAUGAUGAUGAUGAUGAUGAUGAUGAUGAUGAUGAUGAUGAUGAUGAUGAUGAUGAUGAUGAUGAUGAUGAUGAUGAUGAUGAUGAUGAUGAUGAUGAUGAUGAUGAUGAUGAUGAUGAUGAUGAUGAUGAUGAUGAUGAUGAUGAUGAUGAUGAUGAUGAUGAUGAUGAUGAUGAUGAUGAUGAUGAUGAUGAUGAUGAUGAUGAUGAUGAUGAUGAUGAUGAUGAUGAUGAUGAUGAUGAUGAUGAUGAUGAUGAUGAUGAUGAUGAUGAUGAUGAUGAUGAUGAUGAUGAUGAUGAUGAUGAUGAUGAUGAUGAUGAUGAUGAUGAUGAUGAUGAUGAUGAUGAUGAUGAUGAUGAUGAUGAUGAUGAUGAUGAUGAUGAUGAUGAUGAUGAUGAUGAUGAUGAUGAUGAUGAUGAUGAUGAUGAUGAUGAUGAUGAUGAUGAUGAUGAUGAUGAUGAUGAUGAUGAUGAUGAUGAUGAUGAUGAUGAUGAUGAUGAUGAUGAUGAUGAUGAUGAUGAUGAUGAUGAUGAUGAUGAUGAUGAUGAUGAUGAUGAUGAUGAUGAUGAUGAUGAUGAUGAUGAUGAUGAUGAUGAUGAUGAUGAUGAUGAUGAUGAUGAUGAUGAUGAUGAUGAUGAUGAUGAUGAUGAUGAUGAUGAUGAUGAUGAUGAUGAUGAUGAUGAUGAUGAUGAUGAUGAUGAUGAUGAUGAUGAUGAUGAUGAUGAUGAUGAUGAUGAUGAUGAUGAUGAUGAUGAUGAUGAUGAUGAUGAUGAUGAUGAUGAUGAUGAUGAUGAUGAUGAUGAUGAUGAUGAUGAUGAUGAUGAUGAUGAUGAUGAUGAUGAUGAUGAUGAUGAUGAUGAUGAUGAUGAUGAUGAUGAUGAUGAUGAUGAUGAUGAUGAUGAUGAUGAUGAUGAUGAUGAUGAUGAUGAUGAUGAUGAUGAUGAUGAUGAUUUAGACAAUCAUACAAUGAUUUUGAUUUCUCACUGA